UCCAGGGAAGUUUUACGGCUGGGAUCGACCAGCCACGACCAGGUGAACUCGCUGUGCUAUGUUACCUUCAGUCUUUAAACACUAUCAUAGGAAUCUGGAGGCAGAUUCCUCGAGCGAUAACAAAGACGCGUUGUCACUUUAGGGCUCUGCCACAAAUUUAAUUGCAAAAAAAAAAGGGGGGGGGGGGAUCCAGUGUCUUGCACAUCCAACGCGAGGGUCUCUAGGCGGUAAGGGGUCCUUUGAUCAAGAAAAUCCAAUUAUUUGUGUAUAUACAUUUCCCACAUAGUGAUUACUUCAUUAAUUGUCCCGCCUUUAUCUCCUCCCUUCCCAUCCCCCCUAAUAAUCAGUUCUUUUAUCCAGACCAACAAACACACCAUAGGAGCUUUGUGGAUUCAAAGGAUUUGCUUUCGCUUCUGAAAGAGCCGCUAUUCUUUGAUGAUUGGGUAGCGGCAAACUUCAAAGCCAUAAAUCUUCCCUCUGACUGGUUGGCGGCCCGGCAAAGUCCUUAUCAAAUUCUUGGAGGUGAUCCUGGCGCAGUCAGACAGUCCGCGGAGAUCGCGCAGCGCGGGGGGGUGGGACGCGCACGGAGGCGAAGAGAUCAGAAGGAAAGGGAGAGAGAGGGGGAGAGAGAAGGAAACUGGGCAGCUUCUCGUCUUCCCCUCGGCGUCCUCAUGCCUCGGCAGUGCCCCGGCGCCUUCCUUUCGCCCCGGGCGCAGUAGCCAUGGCCGCGGUGGCCGUCCUCCGGAACGACUCCCUCCAGGCUUUCCUCCAGGACCGCACCCCCAGCGCCUCCCCAGACUUGGCCAAGCACUCGCCCCUGGCUCUUCUGGCCGCUACUUGUAGCCGAAUCGGUCAGCCGGGCGCAGCUCCCUCGGAUUUCCUGCCGGUCUCCUACGACCCGACGCUGGGAUCCCCCUCUAGGAUCUUCCACCCGUGGAGCGGCGAGAUGCCAGCGCACUCCCCGGGAGGGCUGCCGCCGCCGCAUCCCAGCUUGGGUUUGACCCCUCAGAAGAACCACCUGCAACCCUCCUUCGGGGGUUCUCACGAACUGCCCCUCACCCCCCCGGCGGACCCCUCCUAUCCCUACGAGUUCUCCCCCGUCAAGAUGCUGCCCUCCUCCAUGGCCGCCCUGCCGUCCAGCUGCCCUCCCGCCUACGUCCCCUACGCCGCCCAGGCCGCUCUGCCGCCCGGGUACUCCAACCUGCUCCCGCCCGCCCAGCCCUGCCGGCAGCUUUCGCCCAACCCGCCGCCCGAGGACAUCCCCUGGUGGAGCAUCCAGCAGGCCAGCGCCCCGGGCGGCUGCGGCCACCGCUUCCCCGCAGCGGCGGCGCUGCCGCGGAGCCUGGUGCUGGGGCACUCGGACUUCGCUCAGUACCAGACGCAGAUCGCCGCCCUGCUGCAGACCAAGUCUCCCCUGGCGGCAACGGCCAGGAGGUGCCGCCGCUGCCGCUGCCCCAACUGCCAGUCGGCCGCGGGCAGCGCCCCUGAGGCGGAGCCGGGCAAGAAGAAGCAGCACAUCUGCCACAUCCCCGGCUGCGGCAAGGUGUACGGCAAGACCUCGCACCUGAAGGCGCACCUGCGCUGGCACACGGGCGAGCGGCCCUUCGUCUGCAACUGGCUCUUCUGCGGGAAGAGCUUCACCCGCUCCGACGAGCUGCAGCGGCACCUGCGGACUCACACGGGCGAGAAGCGCUUCGUCUGCCCCGAGUGCGGGAAGCGCUUCAUGCGCAGCGACCACCUGGCCAAGCACGUCAAGACCCACCAGAACAAGAAGCUGAAGGCGGCGGCGGACGGCGUCAAGCGGGAGGACAGCCGCGACCUGUGACCGCCGGGACAGCCGGCGGCUGCUGCCUCUGCGGGUCUAGCCGAGCCGAGCCGCGGCGGGACCCGGGCGGGGGCGUUUC